AUUUUAUAAAAAGGCAUUGAAGAGUUAAAAAGGGGAAAUGGACGUUGGUUUAGUUAGUAUUCUAUUACUAAGUUUAUUAGUUUUCUCUUCUGGUAAGUGAACUUUGCCUUCUAUUUAAACGAAAGAAAAGACAAUUGAAAGAGUAAUUCGAAUUGAAUAAUUCUUUUAGUAAGAGAUAACAUAGACGUUCAUACAUACACGCACGCAUAUAUAUAUAUAUAUAUAUAUAUACUUAUACAGUAUAUACAUUCUGUAUAUAAAUAAUAUAAAUACACUAUAUAUUCUGUAUAUCUAUACAUAUGUUUUUUAUAAAUACAGCUUCUAUUAUAUCCGUUCGCUUCAAAUGCUGCGAAAUAGGAAAAAAGUACUACGAACAAAAUUUACUUUGCCCCUAUCAACUUUUAAACGAUACUAUGCUUAGGCAACAGUUGAUAGAUGAUAGAGACUUCCAAGUUUGCAGGGUGAUAAGUCAAGUUUGUUGUAUAAAGAAUUGGAGGAAAUUUCAAUGUUCAGAAGGUAAAGGUAUCGCUUAUUCUGGUAGAGCUUGCCCUAAAUCCUUCUCUAAACCUGAACUAUACGAAUCAAAGAAAUGCUGCAAAUGCUGUCAAUUAGGCCUAUUGGCUAAAGAAACGUUACGAUUAAGUUGCUCACAAAUGCAGAGUAAGGUUCCGCAUUGCGGUUCAGUCUUCUACGAAUGCUGUUCGGGAAGAGAAGAACCAGGAAUGGGAUCUUCACCUGCUCAAUGCCCGGCAAACUGUCGCCAAAAAUGCGAUCAAAGAAGCGGGAAACCUAUUUGCGGAUGUUACAAAGGAUAUAAAUUGAAUAAGGAUAAAGCUACGUGUAAUGACGUUGAUGAGUGUGCGAAAAAUCCGUGUAAAUCGUUCGAAAGAUGCCUAAAUACCGUUGGAAGUUACAAAUGCGAAAAGAUACCGACAACCACUGGAAAGACUACGAAGAUAACUACUACCCUUAAAACAACGACAGCUAGACCUAGUUGUGGUGCGGGAUAUUUCUACGAUGAUACAGAAAAGGAUUGCCUAGACAUCGACGAGUGCAAACAAUCAGAUUUACACAACUGCCACGGUGCUUAUCAGCGCUGUUGGAACACACCGGGUAGUUUUAUUUGUAACUGCCCAAGUGGAUUCAAGUACCAUUCAAAAUCUGGUGAUUGUGUCGAUAUAAAUGAGUGUGAAGCUCCUCAUUUGAAUGGCUGUAAGGCUGGUAUGAGAUGUGAGAACAAUGUUGGCUCUUACAAAUGUCGUAGAGCGGCAGGAUGCGGAAGCGGCUAUACUCUAGAUGAGAUUAGCCAGGAAUGCUUCGAUAUUAAUGAAUGCGAAGUUGGAACACACGGCUGCAUGAUUUGGCAGAAUUGUAUAAAUUUACUUGGUUCAAAUAGUUGCAUAAGGAAGAACUGUACAGUAGGAUAUCGGCUCAAUUACAAAACUGGAGAAUGUUCUUUAAUACCGUGUAAUCCUGGUUAUUCUGCCUUAAAAACAGGAAGAUGCGAAGACAUCAAUGAAUGUAAAGCAUCGAAAAAUCCUUGUUCAGAAGGAGAAGAAGAAUGUAUAAAUACUCCUGGUUCCUUCGUUUGCAAGAUUAUCCGUACUUGCCCAAAGGGUUUUAUAUUGGAUAACUCGAUUACUGAGUUGGACUGCGUCGAUUUAAACGAAUGUGCUAUUAAUGGCUCUAUCUGCGAGGAUUCUAAAAUGAAAUGCUUAAAUACCUAUGGUUCUUAUAUUUGUGAAUGCCCCAGAGGAUAUGCGAAAAGUGGAUCAUCCUGCGAAGAUAUCAACGAAUGCUUGGAAGAGAGGCGUUACUCGGGGCGAAUAUGCCCCGAAAAUUCGGAUUGCAUCAACACAAAAGGUUCCUAUUACUGUGAAUGUAGAAUAGGCUUUGCGAAGAAAAACGAUAUGUGCCAGGAUGUUGACGAAUGCCAGAUAGGAGGAAACGAUUGCGAGCAACUUUGCUUUAAUAGAUUCGGGUCGUACGGUUGCUCUUGUAGGAAAGGAUAUAGACUAGGAACGGAUCGUAAAUCUUGUAUAGAUUAUGACGAAUGUAAAACUGGUCCCUAUCCUUGUUAUGGAUUAUGCAAGAACAAAGCAGGAAGUUUCGAAUGCAGUUGUCCAUCCGGUUAUAAAUUAGAUUGGAGUGGUAGAAUAUGUAAGGAUAUCGACGAGUGUCAGAGCAGAAAUGCCUGUCGUUACAAUCAGCUCUGUGUCAACAAGAAAGGUUCGCACACUUGUGUAAGUAAAGUUUGUCCAAGGGGAUAUUCAAAGAAAUUAGCUUAUGGGCGAAUUAGCUGUAUUAAUAGGGCGAGAACGUUUUGCAACAACAGAGGGGGUAAAUGUAAAAGGAAGCCAUGGAAAGUUGAAUAUCACUAUUCAAGCUUCGCUGCUGAACAUUCAGCCGUUCAAGAUGUAUUUUCCAUUAAGGGUCCUUUCAUUAAAAGAAUUUCGAUUAAAUUUGAAUUUGGAGUUGAAUAUUGCCAUUUGAAAAAUGGUACUAAAUUGGAUUUGGCCUCAUAUUUUAGACUCUACGUGCAUCCGAAUCGUUCUCACGAAGCUAUAUUGAAAACUACGAGGCAGUUACCAUCCAACUCUGAGAUAUCUAUAAAAGUUCUUAUGCACAAAUAUUCAAAACAAAGAGGUCAAGUGGAUCGUUAUGUUUCCAUGGCAGAGCAUCAUCUCAUUAUGUUCGUUACGAAACUCCCUUGGCCAGUUAGUAGAGUUAAUAGAAGAAGACGUAGAUACUACGCUCUACACUAG